GCUGCAUCGUGGAGUACAAAGGGCCCUCGAGGCAUCAAAAGGCCGCACCACUGAUUCAGAUACCAUACCCUUGAUCCACCAUGUCAUCGAAUGAUGAUUCUGUCGCAGUAACGGCUAUCUGGACAGACGACAGAAAUACAAUCCAAAACAGUCUGCGAGGCUCAGGCAACACAGUGGCGAUGGCUGUGGGAAUCUUACAAAAUCACAUUAGCAAACAUGUUAGCGAGGUAUACGGCCUGGAGCCUCCGUUGGAUCCACUCGCCAUGAAGGCAAAGUACUAUCCAGACGUUAAACCCUCAGAUAUGCUCAGUGUCUGCCGCUCCGGUGGUUUCACAGCACUAUUCACUCCUAAUGCUGAGACAAAUCAUCAUAUCAAAACUCAAUUGGCCAAGAAUGCACCAGCAAAUCAGACAUCCGUGGAACCCAGUACAACAUUGGCCACUGAUACUGCCACAACCCAGUCAAGUACAUCAGCAGUCCCACCUCGCAAAUCCAAGAAAGCUAAGAAACGAAAUGCCGCGUUGACGGCCAAUACCGCAUCGACGGCCAAUCCCCCUCAGGUGACUAUGGACAACCAGCUUAAAGAGAUGCUGGCCUCGAUGCAGAAGGAAAUGACAGAGAUGCGAGGAAAAAAUGAGAGCAUGCACAGCAAGAUCGAGAGGAUGCAUAGUAAGCUCGAUAGGGUUCUUGGCGAGAACAAGAGGAUUCUCGGCAAGAACAAGAGGAUUCUGAGCGAGAACGAGAGCAUGCCUGCUGAGAUUGAGAGGAUCAACAAUGAGAAUGAGAGCUUGCACGACAACAACGAGCACAUCAACAAUGAUCUUGCCAGUGUUCGCAAGGAUCUAGAUGCUGCGAGAGUCAAACACACUCAGGACGUUGAAACACUGAGAGAAGAAAGUUCUGGACACCACCGCGGCCAGGAGACCUGGGAAGGUCUCCGCUCUAAAAGCAGUGUCUAUGAACUUUCCGAUACAAUCUUCGACGGUCUUAAGCAGAAGGGAAAUAUAGCUGCGCAUAGUGCAAUGGAGGAGGAUAUUAGGCACGCAGUUCUAACCCAGCAGCUGGAAUUCCAAGAGCGAGCCUGCUUAGAGACUCUGUUUACAUAUGCGUACGAUGGAACACAACUGUAG